AUGACCACGAUGAGUCUCUCAAAGACAUGCGGUCGGCUUGGAACGGUGGUUGGAACUCGUCCGCUCAUGUUUUUUCUAGCCAGUAUUGCGCUGUUCUUUAUCUCUGUUCUUCUGCUUGGUGCGAUCCCGCCAGAGAUUCGGCUUAGUUUCGACGACGGGUACACAACAUCUGGUGCACCAUCGAAAAGAGAGCUUCAAACUCAAAUGGAGUAUUUUGGUGCCAAGGGGAAACCAUGGUAUAUGGCAUUAUUUGCGGAACCUCGUGAUCAAGAAAACGGAUCGAUGACUGAAUCGAAAGAGUACGAUGAGUUCAAGUCAUUCUACAAGAGAAUCAAAACUAACAUCGUCAUCCGUCAAGAUGGAAAUCGCAGUAUCACCUAUAUGGAUUACUGUGGAUCGACAUGUGACGUUAACGAUCAAAUCUUCAAAACUCACGCUUUAGCGUGGUUCGGAUUCCAAUGGCCAGAAACAUCGAUUUUUAUGUACAAAUCUAACGUUGGAAAAUACUUCUUCCUUAGAGAAAUGAAAGGUAAGGAUAUCGUUAAAUCAAGACUAACAGCGCUGUAUUUUAUGGCUUUCCCAAAUAAUACGCAAGCUAGCGACGAUCUACGACAUUUCGAAGCUAUAGUUUCCGACCAGGUGACUAGACAUAACGCUGACAUGACCAAGGUGACUACAAUCACACAGCAUGGCGCACGUGGGAUGCAAAUGGAAAUUGCGAGAGGAAUGAAAUUCGUCCUGGGGAAAUUAAUUGGCGGGGUGUUUCUCGCCGGUAUUGUCACCUUGAUUUGUUUCGUAAUACUGAAUAGAAUUCAUGGACGAAGCAAUGGCAGGGUCCUUUUGUUGUCAUUUGGUGCUAUGUUUUUACCACUAAUGUCGCUUAUAUCAGCAGCUGCUUUCUGCUCAUUCAUUGGUAUCCAUACGAACACGAUCUCUGUUGUUGCUCCUGCGUUAACAUUCGCUUUGGGAAUUGAUGGUAUGUUAAUUCUUUAUAAUUCUUGGAUUUCAAGUCAUAAGACGAUCAAUGUCAAGGAUCGCAUGUCAGAGGUUUUCGCCUCUUGCUUUCCAUCGAUAACAAUCGUUUCAUCAGCCGCAAUAGGUCUUGUCGUCGGUGGUUUGUUCCCCAUCGAGGAAUAUGCAAUACUGUCCUUCUAUAUGGGGAUCACCAUAGUUUUUGUUUACGCUUAUCAGAUGUGUUUCUUCCCGGCAUUAAUGUUAUGGUGUUCGAGCGUUGACACUCAUUCUCCGCUAACGCAAGAACAAUCUAAACCAACCAAACUUGCCAAAAGACCUUGGUAUGAGGCGUUUUUAGGUCAGUACGCCAGAUGCCUUUCGAAUUCACCCUGGCUCAAAAUUUUCAUUGUGUCGUUGUUCUGUCUGGGCCUAGUCCUUCCUACAUACCUUGGGUCAUCAAAGGUCCAAGCAAAUGUCGAUUAUCGACAUCUUCUUCCACCCGACUCACCUAGCAAUAAGGGAGUACAUUUUAUGAGCGAUGUGGUUUGGUUCGAGUUUUUCAACGUGCUGUAUUUCAUUAAAAAGCCGCCACGUUUCGAUGAUCCUUCUUCAUAUCGAAGAUUUAAAAAUAUGAUCUCAGAAAUCGAGUCACUGCCGGGGAACAUCAACAAGUCAGCUAUGAUGUGGAUUAACGACUUUGAGCGACACACUGGAAUGACUGGAAAUGAGAGCGCACUUAACAUGGAACUAUUCAAGGAGUUUAUUACACAUGAAAUAUACAAAGCAUGGAAUUCCGGUGUUAGAUAUCGCUACGAAGGAGAUGUUCCAAUUAUCACUCAAAUGUUGUAUAUUGGGGCCUACGAAGGUGUUAAGACUAUGAGGGACAAAGCUAAUUUAUUGUCACAGUGUCGACGAGUAGUAGCCAAUUAUCCAGAAUUUGAUGUGGUCCCCUUCGAUACUGAUGUUGGAAUGGUGGAUGUGAUCUUACAGAUAUCCUAUGUUGCCUACCUUAUCCCCCUUUCGAUUUUAAUCGGAAUCAGUGUUGUUGCUAUGGUGUUUGUUGGUAAUCUGACUCUUUCGUCCAUAGUAGUGAUCUCUUCAAUACUGAUUUUUCUAGAAACAUUCUUUAUUUCUGCUUUGAUAGGAAUGACAUUGAAUCCGUUUUCGGCGGCUUUCUUGAUAUUUGUGGCAGGUGCCUCCGUAAAAUACACUACUCAUUUGUGUUAUCACUACCACCAGACUUUGGAACAUGACCAAAUCAAUGACGAUGUGCAAAGGUUAACGUUGACUUUUCGACGAAUGCUAUACCCAGUCGCUAUGAGCGCUAUCGCAGGCUCAAUGGUGUUUUUUCCAAUGAUUCUCACCAACGUGGUCAUCUUUCGAUGGUUGGCCGUGAUCAACUUGUUCAUCCUAGUAGCUGGUGUGACCCACACCGUUCUCGUCACUCCGUUGAUUCUCAUAUCGUUGCCCUCGAAGCUCGCAGGAACAUCGUUUUUCUGUACUCAGAACCAAAAAAACGACCAUGUGGCAAUGAAAUCACUAAGCACUUAA